GUUGCCGGCCAGCCUGCUCAGCAGUGGCAGAAGAGCCCGGAGACCAGAGAUUUGCCCAGCAUGCUGGCUCGGUGCUUCCCUGGGCUCGCCCGGCCUUGGCUGAAUGGACUUGCUGUGCACAGAGCGCAGGCUCUCGGGGCCUUGGAGAGAGCGACGGGCAGCCCUGGUCUUGUCAGCCUGCAUCCCAGGAGAGACUUCAGUUACACCCACGGGCUUCAGGGCGCCUCUGGGGACCCAGGUUCUGCACACAGAGUGACAAUUAAUUUUAUAAAUCGGGAUGGAGAGAAAUUCUCAGCCGCAGCGAAAGAAGGGGAAAGUUUGCUAGAGGUGGUGGUGAAUCAAAACCUCAACAUUGAUGGCUUUGGGGCCUGUGAAGGGGCGUUGGCGUGCUCCACGUGCCACCUCAUCUUUGAUGACCACACUUUUCAGCAACUGGGCCCUGCCAUGUCAGAGGAGCUGGAUAUGCUGGACCUGGCCUAUGGCCUGACUGACACGUCUCGUCUCGGCUGCCAAGUGUGCGUGCAGAAGUGGAUGGAUGGUCUAACAGUCCAGGUUCCUGUGGAGGCAUCUGACAUCAGGAGAGAACUGGAAGUGGAGAAGCAGAGCAAACAAUAGCGGACGUGGGCUCCACUAAAUGCCCUUCCUCUGGGGUACUCACCACCAUCUCUGUUUCUUUUUGUUUUGUAAAGUUAUGUCUGCUUGUGACUUAUUGAGAUUAAAUUUAUAUUCAAAGACUA